AUGGGGGUCUCUGGUGUAAAGCGUGUGGCUGUCAUCGGUGCAGGGCCAGCGGGUGCUAUCGCUGUUGAUGCCCUUGUUCAAGAAAAGACAUUUGAUCGCAUUCGUGUAUUUGAGAGACGUGAAGGUCCUGGAGGAUGUUGGAUUGGCGACACAACAGCACCUCAACCAAUCUCAGAUCUGUCAAAGCUGGCAGACCGCACAGCAGAUGAACAACUUCCUAUACCUGAGAGUCUACCAGCUCACCUCCCCAAACCCUCUCAACCCCGUCAUGAGGAAUCAUCCAUCUAUCCCUACCUAGAAACAAACGUUGAUACAUCAACUAUGGAAUACACCCAAGAACCCAUCCCAAUAACUCGCAGCGAACGCUCAAUCAGCAUGCACGGCGCUUCAACGCCCUUUCGACACUGGAAAGUCAUGCGUGAUUACGUUGCUUCUAUCAUUGAACGCAAUCACUAUGAAGAUCUAAUUUCGUACAACACUACCGUGGAACACGUCAAGAAGGAAGGAGAGGAGUGGAGGGUUGUGUUGAGAAAGGAAGGAGAUGAGUUGGAUUACUGGUGGGAGGAGAGAUUCGAUGCUGUUGUUGUGGCGAGUGGGCAUUAUUGGGUGCCGUAUGUUCCUGCUAUCGAGGGAUUGCAGGAGUUUGAGAAGAUGAGGCCUGGAAGUGUUGUGCAUAGUAAACACUUCCGUGGUAGAGAUGCUUUCAAGGACAAGAACGUCGUGGUAGUGGGCGCAUCUGUCUCUGCAGCUGAUAUCGCAGUCGACAUCGUCGACGAAGCAAAGACACCAGUCCAUUGCAUAACUCUCGGCCACACAACAAACGUCUUCUUCGGCGACACAGCGUUUCACCACCCCAAGAUCCAACAACACCCCUCCAUCGCCAAAGUCACGGGCCGAACCGUGCAUCUCGUCGACGGCACAUCCAUUCCGGACGUAGACCACAUCAUCUUUGGAACAGGCUACAGCUGGACACUACCCUUUUUACCUUCUGUCCCCGUGCGAAACAACCGCGUACCGAAUUUGUACCAACACAUCGUCUACCAGCAAGAUCCUACACUACUCUUCGUAGGCGCAGUGGGUGCUGGACUUACGUUCAAGAUCUUUGAGUGGCAAGCUGUAUACGCUGCUCGUAUUCUUGCUGGCAGGGCAAGUGCGCCUUCUGUAGAAGAGAUGCAGAAGUGGGAAGAGCAGAGAAUUGAGGAGAGGGGUGAUGGACCUAAGUUUUCGGUUGUGUAUCCGGACUUUGAGGAGUAUUUUGAGGAUGUGAGGAAGUUGGCUGGUGAUGGGGAGGGUGUUGGGAGACAGUUGCCCAAGUUUAGGGGGGAGUGGUUUGAGAGUUUUAUGGAGGGGCAUGAGUUGAGGAAGGGAUUGUGGAGGAGAUGGAAUGAGGCUGCGAAGGAGGAGGAGAAGGCGAGGUUAAAAUAUCACUCAAACUCGGCUGCCGAAGCCUAUCUUUCACGACAGAUUGGCUGGUCUCUUAUCAUGGUUGGUUACGUCGAGGCAUCUGCACUAAACACAAAAUGUGACGAAACGAGACCAGAGUGUCUGAGAUGUAUACGCAAAGGCGUUAAAUGCGGUGGUUAUUGGAAGGAGUUUAAAUGGUCGUUCAAGCAUCAACCUGGCGAGAUAGAAGUCAAUCUUGCGGAUUCUUCGCCUACUUCUUCUCGACGAGGUUCUGAUGAGACGUCGACGGACGUUGCGAUUGAUCAAACAAUUCAGCAAGAGAUAAUCACCCAGACUGAAGAGUUACCCACCGAAGAUACUUCUAUCCUAGACGACACCUGGACAACAAGUCCCUGCACAGAGUCCGACACAGACAUCUUCGCUCGAUCAAACUCAAUCGUAUCAAACUGCGACAUCCCAGACUUAUCCCUUCAACCCGAUCCCUCUCUUGCCCUCGUCGAAACACAAUACUACGAAUCAACACCCCUAACAGUCGGUCUCAUAACCGACACAUCCUCCCUUUUAAUAAGCAACUGGUUCGAACAAGUCUGCACUCUCUGGUCCGGUUUCGACAGCGACUUCAACCUCAAUCGCAAACUCGCUCUCGAACUCUGCACGAGCUCCCAGUCGGUGUUUUCCUCGUUGCAGAGUAUGUCUGCUGGCUUUUUGUCUACGAGGUUACCGCAUAUGAAACAAUCUGCUAUGUACUUUUUGCAAGCUGCUACUGGAUCGGUACUUGCGGAAGCGCAGGAGAUUCUUCAAGGGCCUGUGAACGAUAUGCCUACCGGAGCACUCUUUUCGUUAUUCUGUCUAGGCACGACGGUUUGUUGGGUUGAUGCGAGACAACUUGGUCUCCCCUUCUUCCGCUCAGCAAGGAAGAUUCUCGAUCGGUUGAAUACAAGGCUUGAACGACUUUCAGCAAAAGAUCUGGAGCUAUUAUCUUUCUUUAAUCGCAGUUUGACAUACUGCGAAAUGCUUCUCGCAGCAGUAAACCAAGACGACACCGACACCGACACAGAUAACUCACGUGCCGUACAGCGCUACAUGGACGACUCUCCCCACCCAUGGACAGGAAUAUCCCCUCUCGCAUCCCAACUCUUCGCCCAAUCAAUCCGUCUCUGCCGCAGUUUCCGCAAGAAUCUCAAACUACCGAAAGAAACAGGCCGCGAUUUCCAGCGCGCUCUUGAAGAGAUACAAGAAGCGCAGCGGUUAGAGGAAAAGCUACUUGCUCUUGAGUUUCAGAGUACUUGUACGGAUACGGGGGAUUAUCGGACUCCGUCUGUUCAUCUUGCGCAGGUUGCUGAAGCGUAUAAACUUGCUGCGCUUUUGCAACUGUAUCAGACGUUUCCGGAUCUUGUGGCGUUGCGAUUACCGAGUUCUUCUGUUCAUGCGAAUAGUCGACAUAUUCCCUGGGAAGAGUGGAUUAUCCCAUUAAGUCUACGGCUCGUUAAUGUUCUUGAACUCAUUCCCCCUAACUCAGGCACGAGAGUUAUCCAACCACUUCUGUACAUUACAGCGAGUACAGGACUUCGAUACGACACAACCACCAUGCUCGACAUAUCAACAUUCCCGACGGAUUCAGAUUUCUUCACUGCAGACCCUUUUGCACCACCGCCCACGAAUUUGAUAUCAAGGAUGUCACUGGAUAUUAGUAACGCGAGACAUUUUAUCACUGGACGGUUGAAUAUGCUGGAGAGUAGUCUUCCACCGAAGCCGGUUAUUAUGGCGAAGGAGCUUAUCAAGGCGAUUUGGGAUGCGUACGAUUGUGAACCGCCUGGCGUGGCGGCUGUGCAUUGGGUCGAUGUUAUGGAGGAUAAGAAUUUGAGGUCAAUGUUUGGAUGA